AUGACUACUGAAAAAGAGAAUAUUGAACAACUUCCAAAGCCCCAGCCCCUACAUCCCGCAUACUCUGUUACAAAUAUACAUAGUAAGAUCCGAACCCUAGACGGCACAAAUGUCACGUAUUCUCAAAGGAUACGGCUGUUUAAAUUACAUGCCGUCGCAUACAAGGUGAUGAAUCACAUCGAUGGUACUGCUCCUCCAGCAUCAACAUCUGCUGAUCAUGAGGCCUGGAAGGAAUUAGACGCACUUGUCCUUCAAUGGAUAUUCAGCACGAUUUCCGAUGACCUUCUUAAACGAGUUAUGGACAGCAACACAGUUACGGCUCACGCUGCGUGGUCCAAACUCGAGAAAAUUUGUCUCAGCAACAAGAAGGCACGUGCUGCGUCUUUGGAAACCAAGUUUUGCAAUCUGACUUUGUCGGCGUGUUCCUCCGUUGAAGACUACUGUCAGCGGCUGACUGACCUUGCAAACCAACUAGUCGAUGUCGAUGUCACUAUCACUGAGUCCCGUCUUGUUCUUCAACUGAGUGGAAACCCCUCACACACUCGUUAA